AGGCCCAGUCACUUGAGUCGGCCCAUAAAAAUCAGAACUCAGAUUGAAAAGAAACUCCACAACUCAAGCGACGAAUCAAAACGCAACCUCUCCGUUGAGUUACAAAUCGUUACAAGCUCGUGUUUGCCGCGACAAUCGCGAUGUCUUCAGCAUCAGCAGCGCCUUCUAAGAAGCGGUGGCUUCCUCUCGAAGCUAACCCCGAUAUCAUGAACCAGUUUCUCUGGGGUCUUGGUGUCCGUGAGGAUGAGGUAGGUUGCUACGAUGUUUACGGUUUUGAUGAAGAACUUUUAGAAAUGGUGCCUAAGCCAGUGCUUGCAGUUUUGUUUCUAUACCCCCUCACAUCUCAGAGUGAACAGGAGAGAGUACAACAAGACAGUGUUACGAAGGAUCAGAUUAAGGGAGUUUACUUUAUGAGACAAACUGUAGGAAAUGCUUGUGGAACUGUUGGACUUCUUCACGCUGUUGGAAAUAUCACUUCAGAGAUACAUCUUCUUGAGGACUCAUAUCUGGAUAAGUUCUACAAAUCAACUGCCAGCAUGGAUCCAAUGGAGCGUGCUUUAUUCCUUGAAAAUGACAGAGAAAUGGAAGUUGCUCACACAGUAGCUGCUUCUGCUGGUGAAACUGAGGCUUUGGAUAAUGUAGACACUCAUUUCAUCUGCUUCACAUGCGUGGAUGGACAACUAUAUGAGCUUGAUGGAAGGAGGGCAGGACCAAUUUCACAUGGUGCCACCACUCCUAGCAGUUUAUUACGGGAUGCUGGAAAAGUUAUACAAGGGAUGAUAGCAAAGAACCCGAGUUCAAUGAACUUCAACUUAAUUGCUAUUUCAAAGAGAGUGGAGGGAGCUUGACUCCAUGUAUAACAGUUUCAGCCCGACAUAAACCUUGACUAAAGUUAUAUAUUAAGAUCAGGAUUUUUCGAGCUUAGUACCAUCAUCUUUUCUCAGCACCAUCAUCGUUUUCUCGACUUUUAUGUUUAAUGGCAAUAGCCAUUUUGUUCUAAGAUCUUCCCUUCUAGUAUGUAACUGUUAUAUUUACUUUACUCUUCGAAAGCCGAAUUCAGCCGAUGAUCUAUCAGAACCGUUAUGUUAAAGUAAA